UCUUUACUGGGAGAGAGAGCGAGCGAGCAAGGCGAAGCUGGACGCAGACAAGCUCACCGGUUAACACUGGGAGAAUUACUGACUCAGAAACAAAAGGAAAAAGAGAAGAACACCGCGCCUAAUGCUCGGGAAGUUUCUUUUUAUUUAGAGAAACUAAUUUUCGGGAUAUUCACGGGACAGAAUAUGGACGUCCGGCCAAGCUGAUAUUCGACGGGAUAUAAAAUCCCAUCCCUGUUUCUUUCACAGUGAGAAGUGUCGGGAUUAACGUUAGCCUCAGCGAUAAUGGAAGCCUCAGGGCCUGCUGCGUGAAACGGUGUCGGUUCGGGAAUAAGCGCUGCAUUGGACUGAACCGAUUCGUGCGUCGUUUUAGCGAGCCGAACAUAAUGUUAGGCUUGUUUUGCUAGCUAGCUAGCUAGCUGAAUGGCUAGCUAGCAAGUUGGAGUCUGGGACUUUCAGUGCUCCACCUCGGCCCAACAGAUUUAUUUUUUCCUCUCGCUCAGGAUUCUCUCGCCUUAGUCGCUGUAAAAACGUCACGUUAAGGUUUUUUUUUUUAUUGACGUUAUUAGAGUUUUUUUUGUCCUGUCGUUAGGAAGAGUGGUCAGGCCGCUGAUAUAAAAAUGUCGGCGAAGGUGCGCCUUAAGAAGUUGGAGCAGUUGCUGCUGGAUGGCCGUCAGAAGACCCCGAGCUCCCUGAGUGUCGAGACGCUUCUGGAUAUUCUCGUGUGUUUAUUCAACGAAUGCAGCAGUUCACCGUUGAAACGGGAGAAACACGUGACCGAGUUUUUAGAAUGGGUGAAGCCGUUCACCACCACCGUGAAAGAAAUGCGACUCCACAGGGACGACUUCGAGAUGCUCAAGGUGAUAGGCAGGGGUGCCUUUGGAGAGGUUGCUGUGGUAAAGAUGAAAAACACUGAGCGCAUUUACGCCAUGAAAAUUCUGAACAAGUGGGAGAUGCUGAAGAGGGCUGAGACCGCCUGUUUCAGAGAGGAGAGGGAGGUUCUGGUGAAUGGCGACUGCCAGUGGAUCACGACCCUGCAUUACGCCUUUCAGGAUGAUAAUUACCUGUACCUGGUGAUGGACUACUAUGUGGGCGGAGAUCUGCUAACACUACUCAGCAAGUUUGAGGACAGGUUACCUGAGGACAUGGCCAAGUUCUACGUGGCAGAGAUGGUUCUUGCCAUUCACUCGAUCCACCAGCAGAAUUAUGUACACAGGGAUAUUAAGCCCGAUAAUGUGCUGCUGGAUAUGAACGGCCACAUCCGCCUAGCCGAUUUUGGUUCCUGUCUCCGGAUGAUGCCAGACGGCACGGUUCAGUCGUCAGUAGCAGUCGGAACCCCGGACUACAUCUCGCCAGAGAUUUUGCAGGCUAUGGAGGAUGGCAUGGGGAAGUAUGGGCCGGAGUGUGACUGGUGGUCUCUGGGUGUGUGCAUGUAUGAGAUGCUGUACGGGGAGACGCCUUUCUACGCCGAGUCUCUAGUCGAGACUUACGGCAAAAUCAUGAACCAUGAGGAGCGCUUCCAGUUCCCAUCUCACAUCACGGACGUAUCCGAGGACGCCAAGGACCUGAUGCAGCGGCUGAUCUGCAGCAGGGAGCGCAGGCUGGGCCAGAACGGCAUCGAGGAAUUUAAGAAGCACCCCUUCUUCUCUGGCAUCGACUGGGAGAACAUCCGCAGCACUGAAGCCCCGUACAUUCCUGACGUCAGCUCUCCUUCUGACACCUCCAACUUUGAUGUGGAUGACGAUGUACUGAAAAACCCGGACAUUGCGCCUCCCAUCUCUCACACUGGUUUCACUGGUCAGCACCUGCCCUUUGUGGGUUUCACAUACACUACAGACAGCUGUUUCUCAGAUCGGGGUCAGCUCAGGCUGACAGCUCUGGCUGACGGGGGUUCAGGAGAGGAGCUGCAACCCCAGAAAGAUGGUGGCUUGCAACUGGAGGCCUUCGAGAGGAGAAUCCGCUCACUAGAGCAGGAAAAACAAGAGCUCAACCGCAAGCUCCAGGAAUCUACACAAGCUGUGCAGUCUCUUCACGGAUCAGGCCGUGGCACAAGCACACUGGGUCGCGAUAAAGAGAUAAAAAAGCUUAACGAGGAGAUCGAGCGCCUUAAGAAGAAACUAGCAGACUCUGAUAGGCUGGAGCACCAACUGGAGGAAGCAGUGACUUUGCGACAAGACUACGAGAGCUCCUCCACCAAGCUAAAGGCAUUGGACAAGCAAGUCAAAAACCUUCGCCAGGAGAAAGAGGACAUCAAUAAGCAACUGGUGGAGGCUCUGGAGCGCCUGAAGUCUCAGACCAAGGAGCUGAAAGACGCUCACCAACAGAGGAAGCUGGCCAUGCAGGAGUUCUCCGAACUGAACGAGCGCAUGGCCGAGCUGCGCUCGCACAAGCAGCGGCUCUCACGCCAGCUCCGCGACAAGGAGGAGGAGAUGGAGGUGCUCAUGCAGAAGCUUGAUGGUAUGCGCCAGGACAUUCGGAAGACCGAAAAGGCCCGCAAAGAGCUGGAAGCUCAGCUGGAAGAUGCUCGUGCAGAAGCUUCUAAGGAGCGAAAGCUUCGAGAACACAGUGAAGUUUACUCCAAACAGCUGGAAAGUGAACUGGAGACACUAAAGGUGAAGCAGGGCACCGGUCGAGCUUCAUACAUGAGUGCUGAGACCCAGCAGGAGCUGACUAAGGCGAAGUCUGAGCUGGAUAAGAAGAUACUGUUCUAUGAGGAAGAGCUUGUAAAGCGGGAUGCCUGCCAUGGCACAGAGCUCAAAAACCUACGCAAAGAGCUGCAUGAUUCUGAGAGCCAGCAGGUCUCCCUGCAGAAGGAACUGCUUGUGCUUAAAGACAAGGUGGAGAAAGCUAACAAGGAGCGGCAAAUGGAGAUGGACGAAGCUCUGGGUUCCAUAAAAGAGAAAUUUGAGCGUGAACGCAGCUUGCUGACCGAGGAGAACCGCAAGCUGACCUCUGAAACAGACAGGCUAUGCACGUUUGUGGACAAAUUAACAACCCAGAACAGACAGCUGGAGGACGAGCUGCAGGACCUGGCCUCAAAGAAGGAGAGCGUUGCACAAUGGGAGGCACAGAUCGCUGAGAUCAUUCAGUGGGUGAGUGAUGAGAAGGAUGCUCGUGGCUACCUGCAAGCUCUGGCCUCAAAGAUGACAGAGGAGCUGGAGUCACUGCGCAGCUCUAGCCUGGGAUCCAGACAUCUGGAUCCCUUGUGGAAGGUGCGACGCAGUCAGAAGCUGGACAUGUCCGCUCGUUUAGAGCUGCAGUCAGCUCUGGAUGCUGAGAUACGAGCCAAGCAACUAGUCCAGGAAGAACUACGCAAGGUCAAGGCUGCCAACAUCUCCUUCGAGAGCAAACUGAAAGAUGCAGAAAUUAAGAACAGGGAACUGGAAGAGCAACUGGAAAGCACGAAGAAAGACCUGGAAGAGAGCCGCACACGCUCUGACCGAGGUCUAAAACUUCCAGACUUCCAGGACUCCAUCUUUGAGUAUUUCAACACUUCUCCCCUGGCCCAUGAUCUUACCUUCAGAACUAGCUCAGUCAGUGAGGUUGACGCCACACCUCAGAAACCCGAGGUUCCCUCUUCCUCACCCUCAGCAGCUUCAGAGCAGGAUGAGCCUGUAAAGCCCCCUGCAGUUACUCCAACAACUCCAUCUCUACCUUACCAGUCAUCACUGCUCACAGCACCAAAGCCUAAAGCUCACCAGCUGAGCAUUAAGACCUUCUCGAGUCCAACACAGUGUACCCACUGCACAUCUCUAAUGGUGGGCCUGAUCAGACAGGGCUAUGCCUGCGAGGUGUGCUCUUUCAUUUGCCAUGUGUCCUGUAAGGACAACGCUCCUCAGGUGUGCCCUAUUCCACCAGAGCAGGCCAAGAGGCCGCUGGGAAUUGACGUGCAAAGGGGCAUUGGCACAGCCUACAAAGGCUUUGUCAGGAUCCCAAAGCCUACUGGAGUGAAGAAGGGCUGGCAGAGAGCAUAUGCUGUGGUAUGUGACUGUAAACUCUUCCUGUAUGAGGUUCCUGAAGGGAAGUCCACCCAGCCUGGUGUGGUGGCCAGCCAGGUCCUUGACCUCAGAGAUGAGGAGUUCUCUGUAAGCUCUGUGUUGGCAUCAGAUGUGAUUCAUGCUACCCGCAAAGACGUUCCUUGCAUAUUCAGGGUAACGUCGUCCACAUUGGGUUCUCCAGCGCGGGCGGUGUCUCUGCUGGUCUUGGCUGAGAGCGAGGCUGAGAAAAGGAAGUGGGUGGGCAUCCUGGAGGGUCUGCAGAGUAUCUUAGCCAAGAACCGCCUGAAGAACCGAGUAGUUCACGUCCUGCACGAGGCCUAUGAUAGCAACCUACCUGCAAUUAAAACCACACUCUCUGCAGCCAUCAUUGACCGAGAACGAAUAGCGUUGGGCACAGAGGAGGGUCUAUUUGUCGUGGAGGUUACCAGAGAUGUAAUUGUGCGUGCUGCUGACUGCAAGAAAGUCCACCAAAUUGAGACAGUCCCUCAAGAGAAGAUGGUGGUGCUGCUAUGCGGCCGCAACCGACAUGUACACCUGCACCCAUGGGGAGCACUGGAUGGUGCCGAGCCGGCGUUUGAUGUAAAACUGGCUGAGACAAAGGGCUGCCAGGCUCUUAGCGUGUGCUCGCUGCGACCAGGCGGCUCCGCCUACAUGAUGGCUGCUGUCAAGCGCCAGGUGCUUUGCUACGAGAUCACACGAGCCAAGCCCUAUGCACGACGCAUGUGGGAGGUGCAGGCCCCAGGUGUAGUGCAGUGGCUCGGCAUGGUGCGUGGGCGAGUAUGCGUAGGCUACCCAUCAGGCUUUGCUCUGCUGGCACUGCAGUCUGAGGUGGCACCUGUGAGCUUGGUGAGCCCUGCUGAUCCUUCACUUGCCUUCCUUGCUCAGCAACCACUAGAUGCUCUACACGCAAUGGAGGUGGGUGCCAACGAGCUACUGCUUUGCUUUAGCCAGCUUGGCAUCUACGUGGACAGCCAGGGCCGCCGCUCACGCACGCAGGAGCUCAUGUGGCCUGCCACACCACUCGCAUGUAGCUCAAACUCCACCUACCUGACUGUGUACAGCGAUUAUGGGGUUGACGUGUUUGAUGUCCACACUACAGAAUGGGUGCAAACCAUUUCAUUAAGGAAGAUCAAACCCCUGAAUGUGGAGGGCAGUCUGAACUUACUGGGCUCAGAGCAGCCCCGGCUCAUCUACUUCAACAAUAACGCAGCAGAAGGAUGUGACCUGACCAUACCUGAGACCUCAGACAACAUUAGGAAACUGAUGGUGAGAACACGCAGCAAGAGAAAGUUCCUCUUCAAGGUUCCUGAAGAAGAGCGGCUACAGCAAAGGAGGGAGAUGCUGAGGGACCCAGAAAUGAGGUCCAAGCUGAUCUCAAAUCCGACAAAUUUUAACCAUGUAGCUCAUAUGGGUCCCGGAGACGGGAUGCAAGUUCUCAUGGAUCUGCCUCUGUCGAGCGAGACUCCCUCCCCCUCUUCCUCUCGACACCACGCCCUGAUCUCCCCUCCAACCAACUUUGAGCACGUCUAUCACAUGAGUCCUGCCUCUGCUGGGCUCUAUCUGCAGAAAGAGGCUUCCUCCCAGCAGAGCCUGCCUCAGCUCUCCUCCUCUUCCUCCUCACCUUCCACCUCUUCCCUCGGAAGGAGCGUGAUGCCCUCUUCUCAGGAUGACUUGACCAAGGACAAGCCACGUCCUCUUUCUAGUAUUUCCAGGCAAACAAGGAGUAAGUCCCACAUCACACGCACUGCCUCAGGAGGAGGUGAAUUCAUAGGAGCGGGAUCAUCUCGCAAUAUCUCAGACCCUGAUCAGGACUUUGAAAGAGAGCCUGAUUCAGACUCCACCAAACACUCCACCCCAUCCAACAGCUCGAACCCAAGCAGCCCUCCCAGCCCUAACUCCCCCCACCGCAGUCAGCUGACUCUGGAUGGUUUGGAACACACCCUGGAUGGCUGAGAGCAAAACGAAAAGACAGCUCUUGUCCACACAAGCACCUCUUCACCUCUUCUCUUCUCGGUUCCUUCCAUUCCCUUCCACUCAGUUAGGACAUGCUACAAAGUGCCAAGACUCAAAGUGUCAUCAUCUUCCGUUCAAAACGCUCCCUCCACCAAGGUGCUGGGUGAGAAAUUAAGCCUGUACAGAGCUGUGUGACGGUCUGAAAGUCAGAGCAGCUCCAUGAGAAUCUGAGCUUGUGGUCAGCGGAAGUGUCAGUUCUGCCCCCUAGUGGAGCGUUUGUGGCAGUAUACAUGCAGGGUGUAAUUAUGUUUAAAUUGUUUUUUUUUUUUUUUUUUUUUUUAAAUCCCAUUUUUGUGUCAUGUUCAUGAUCAUGUCAGGUUCCUUUUUGUUUAAUGGUUAGCUGACAGCUGACACACGAUUUAAUAUCCCAGAAAAUCAGAAGCUCAUUAAAAAAAAAAAAAAAUCACUAAUUGUAAGUGCUCUGCUCAUGAACCUUUUUCUUAAAAAUAUUGAUGUGAGGGAAAAGAGACUGCUUUGCUGUUUUUAAAGCGUAUAAAAUUUCUGUGGACGCGUUCACUCCUCACGUGAUGGUAGGAAGGAACUCUUCAGGACUCUGGAGACCAAGGAUGGGAAAUCAAUCCUUCCUUUUUUCAGUUGGUCCAAUAACAACUACAAUGAAAAAAACAAACAAUAAAUAAAUGCCUUUUUGCUGGUUUUUUUUUUUUUUUUUUUUUUUAAGUCAUCACCAAUACUUCUGUCAGUAUGUCGUCUGAGUGUCGGCUCGGAUUAGUUGUCAGACGGUGGGGAUUUUAAGCCAAACCAGUGGCACUUUUAUUGUAAUGUAUUUUUUUUUUCUUGCAUUUUCAGCCAGCAUUUGUAAUAUUCAUGUUUUAACCUAGAUCAUGUUUUGACACAAAAAGAUUUAGCUGGUGGAACUCUGCUCAUAAACGAUAAAAGAAAACAACUAAAUUUGAACAAAACAAGACUUUACAUAUAGAUAAGUGUUUUAACAAAAGAAAUGGCACACAGAUAAAGGACCACACUAUUCAUAGGAUUUUAAAUAGUUGUUCUGAAACUGCUGCUGCUGCUUUUGUGUGCUUCAUAAAGAAAUAAAUAUGUGAUAAGUUUCUCAUCAUA